GAACAGAGUGGCGGAUUUGGAGCAGUACACCCGGAUAAACGAUGUCAUCAUCACGGGGCUUCGCAUCAAACCCCGGUCAUACGCCCGGGCGGUCGCCGCUGACAAUGUAGGAGGGCCAGGAGAGGAAGAUGUCAACUCCACGGAGCUUCAAGUGGUUACCUUUCUACGGUCCAAAGGUGUGGAAGUGGAUUAUAACAACAUUGAGGCUUACCAUCCUCUACCCCGAAAAAAUGACAGUGACAAACCAGCCAUCAUUGUGAGAUUUGCUAACAGUGUAACGGCGGAUGUGUAAAGCUCGCUCAUGUACACGUAAUAUAACGUUUGUGCUUUUAUUUUGGUAACUUCCUGUGUGACCGGAAGUGAAUGUUGCUAACGGUAACUAGCUUGAUGUACAAAAAAGACGGAAGAAAACGGAAAACUAAUGCUAACGGAGAAAAGGGAGAGAAAGACACGGUUAAAUUGUAUAAAAUGAAUGGUUCUAGCUACAGUCGACAGGGGAACAAGCUCUUACGUUGGUUCGUUGUCUGAUACACGGCAAGGAAUAAUAAAGGUCAUUCAACAACCAUCAGUUCUGGCCUUCUCAGUUCGACUGGAUGCUACAGUAAGAGCUUGACCGCCGCCAUUUUGCUACACCACGAAGGCUCAAGGUUUAACGACAAUUCCCACGACGUCCAGCAGAUGGCAGAUGCAGGUCAGAGAAUAAAACGGUGAAAGGCAUAAGGAAAAUAAAGUUAAAAUGGAGGAUUCAGAAGAAGACAUUAACGAACAGUUUGCAAACAAAGAAAAAAUAUUAAAUGAGCUGCAAGAUAAAGCUCAAAGUGACUCCGCGAUUCCAAGGCGUUCAGAAAGAGCUAAGGUGCCAACAGAAAAAAUGCUAACUUAUCAGAGGGAAGAGAUAAGUAAAAAAGAAAAAAGACUAUUAACUCUUUAUGAACAAUGGAAAAUACGAGUGCGAGAAACAAGAGAAAGAUUAAAGUUGGACAUUUCAGAGAAAGAAAUGGCAGAUCUUGCAGAUGAUGUAGAGCAAAGAAAAGAUGAACUGCUAAAGUUGUACACUGAAAUGAGAAGUCACAUUGCACCUUCAUCAGACAUACGAAGAAAAACCGAUGCAUGUGAAGCAGUUACUCAUGACAUCGUGAAAGUCAUCCUGGAAAGAAUAAGCGGUGUAGAUGGAGAUUUUGAUGCAGAAUAUGAAAGAAAACGUCUACGGAGACUAUUAGAACAUGAUUAUGCCCAAUCCAUCUAUGGUUCAACUGCAGCAUCGAAACGUAGCCAACUGUCUUCAGCCUCACAUCUUGCUUCAAAACGAGCAGAUGCAGCAGCAGAACUAGCAGCAAAAGAAGCGGAGUACAAGAUUGUACAAGAGGAACAAAGACAAAAGGAAAAGAUAAAGGCUCUAGAAGAGGAGCAUAAGAAACAAAUGGCAGUUCAAACAUUAGCGUUGGAACGCCUGAAAGCCGAAAGGGAGGUGGAAGCCGCUCGCGCCAGGUUGGACGUCUACAACAGAGAGUUAUCGCAACUUGAUGAUGCAUAUUCAGUAAAGACGGAAAAGGUGAACCCAGAGCAUACACCCAAACACACUGUACCAUCAUGCACCAUACUGGCGACAACAGCCCCUCCUAGUGUCAGCCAGCUUGCACAGGCGGUACAAGACAGCAUAAGAAUAAAUAGACUCCCCACGCCAGAACCAACAAUGUUUAGUGGUGAGCCAAUAAAAUUUAUUGAAUGGAAAUCCACUUUCAUGUCACUUAUUAAACAAACUGGCAUGUCAGCAGCAGAUAAACUGUACUAUCUAAAAAGGUAUGUAACUGGCUCAGCUCGCAAGUGUCUUGAAGGGACUUUCUUCAGAAAUGAUGAAGAAGCGUAUAACGACGCUUGGACAAAGUUAAACCAAAGGUAUGGCCAGCCAUUUGUGCUACAAAGGGCAUUUAGAGAGAAGUUAUCUGGUUGGCCUAAAAUACAGUCGAGAGAUGCUGAUGGGCUAAGGAACUUUGCUGAUUUUGUGAAUGCAUGCACACUUGCCAUGCCUCAUGUGAAAGGACUACAAAUACUCAAUGACUGUGAAGAAAAUCAGAAACUGUUGCAUAAACUGCCAGACUGGAUAAACACAAGAUGGAAUAGGCAUGUAACAAAGAUACUCAUGGACGGUGGUGAAUUCCCCAGCUUCAGUGAAUUUGCCUCCUUUCUCUCACUUGAAGCAGAAGUAGCAUGCAACCCAGUCACUUCCAUACAUGCACUUCGGUCUACGGAAACGAAUGAUGACAAAAGAAACACAAGAGAAGUCAAAAGAAACAAGGCAAGUGUAUUCAACAUUAACACAACUGAACGAGAUGCAAAGACUAAAAUACACAACAGUUCUUCAUGCACACUGUGCCAAGAGUUGCAUCCACUUAUAAAAUGCCCAAACUUCCUGCAAAUGACCCUGGAAAUGAAAAGGAAACAUGUAAAGGAUAAUAAACAUUGUUAUGGUUGUUUAAAGCAAGGUCAUAGUGCUAAGGACUGCAAACGGCGCCUCACUUGUGAAACAUGCACCAAGAGACACCCGACCUGUCUUCACGAUGAGAACUACAGCACUAGUCUGCAAAGAGAAAGGCAAGAUCAAGUAAGUAUGGACAACGCAACACAAGGGAACUCACCCGAAAGUGCAACAGCCAUGGCGUUAAAUGUCGCUAGAGCAGAACACACAGUCAGUACCUCCAUGAUAGUCCUAUGGGUCUCAACGGCUGCUAAUCCACAAAGGGAAAAACUAGUCUAUGCGCUACUAGACACACAGACCAAAGAGAACAGCUCCAAGUACCCCGUAGCGGCACAGUUUAUAACCAGAGACUUCUAUGUCGAUAACGGGGUAACAAGCGUUGAGACAGUGAAAGACGCUGUACAACUCACAAGAGAAGCACCUGUAAAGGACCAACCCCCGACCAGACGCAGCAUCCUGUCCACAGUCGCAGCAAUAUUUGACCCCCUGGGUUUCAUUGCUCCGUACGUUCUCAACGGCAAAAGAAUCCUACAGGAAAUGUGCCGCCAAGGUACAGACUGGGAUGAUCCACUCCUGAACAUCUCAACCCGCAAUGGCAGUGCUGGAAAGAAGAUCUGCACAACUUGA